CGACGCUGCCGGGGGCGAGCCUCCUUGUUGUUGACCGUGUCGCGAUCACGUGGCAGGGGCCGGCGUUGGGGCAAGCGGCGGUGGCGGAAACGUCACUCGGCAGUUGGGACGUCUCGCUCGCCCCGGGCUCGCCAUGAAGGCGGCGCGCGCUCUGCUUGUAGCCGUAGCAACGCUGGGAGCGGCGCCUUUCUGCACAGGGUUGACAUGUUUGGAACCACCUCAGAACAUUACAGUUUUCAUUGUUGAUACGAACAUCACUCUGAAAUGGCUAUGGAAUAAUUCAUGUGGCCUCAAUGGAACCUUUUCAGUUCAGUACCAAAGUGAAUCAGACAGUGAAGAGAGCAAUGCUGAAAGCUGGUCACUUAUUCCCGAGUGUCAGGCUGUAAGAAUCACAGAAUGUGACCUUUCAUCAGCUAUAACAGAAUAUUUUCAGCUUUAUAAUGUGAGCUUAAGAGCAGACGCAGGAGAAGAGCACUCUUCCUGGGCUUAUUUAGUAUUUUCUCCUUAUACAGAAGCCCAAGUCGGUCCCCCAAGAGUUCAGUUAGAAUCAAUAUAUGGAGGAGAUGUGAAAAUCAUCAUUUUCAGUCCUGAAGCAAACCAGCAAAGAAAAAUGUGGGACCUGUCUCUAAGCUACAAGCUAACUAUCUGGAAAAACUCAUCCUAUCCUCAGGAAAAAAUCCAGGAUAUUUUUCCAGGACAAACCAUUCAAGACCUUGAGCCAGAGACUGCUUACUGCAUGAAGGUUAAAGUACAUAUGGUUGAUCACAAUGCUUUCAAUAGUCCAGACAUUUGUAUACAGACACCAAAAGCUUGGGCUGGUCUGCCUCGUCCUGAAAAGCUCCAGGUUCACGCACUGAAUACAAACUUCGUUUUGCAUUGGGAUAAUAUGUACGAUGGAAAUGUGAGCUUCAUUGUACAGUUUCUCAAUGGUUUUGAAGCACAGACGUCUCAUGAUAUCUCAAAAAACUGGCGUAGUGUAUCUGGAUGUGAACACAUUACAACCAAAUACUGCGAUUUAUCACGUUCCGUCAACUUCAUUGGAAUUUACUAUCUCCAAGUACAGGCUGUGAAUAGCCAUAGUAAAUCACCUUGGUCUAAAAUGCUAAAAUUUGAGCCUAUAGAAGACACUAAACUGGGUCCACCAAGUGUCAAGAUUAAUGCCAGUGAAAAUUCACUUAACAUUUUCAUUACUGCUCCGGGAGAAUCUGAAAAAAAUCUGAUGAGUAAACACUAUAAGAAGUUGAUUUACCAAGGUUGGUACUGGGCAGACUCUUCACCACAAGACAAGAAGAAACUGGAAAAUAAAUCUUCACAAUUUAUAAUCCCAGACUUGAGCUCUUCUACUUUAUACUGCCUAAAAGUACAAGCAUUUGCUCCAGCAUAUAAUAAAAGUAGCGAGUUUAGCAGUGAGACAUGCACUAAAACUGCCAAAGGAAAAUCUUUAGAUCCAAUCAUUUUUAAAGUCUUUGGAAUUACUCUUGGUGUUAUUGUUUCAAUAGCGGUCUUAGUUGGUGUUAUAUAUUAUAUACGCAAGCAGAUCAAAUAUGCAUUCUUUCCAUCAUGCCAUCCUCCACUGAUCAUAGAGAACAUUGAAGGAAAAGAUUUGCGCAGUUCCUACUUGCUAACUUCAGAAGAGCCAACAGAAAAUUGUGUUGUCAUAGCUGACAGUAGCAUUCUAAAUGAAGUUGAUCUGACCGACUUUAAAGACCAGAAAGAGUUGGAAGAGAUCAGCCAAGACUCAGGAAACUAUUCCAAUGAUGAUGGUAUCUCUAGGACUAAAGACUCCCAUUUAAUCCAAGAACAGAAAGCAGAAUAACUCUGUAAAAUAAUGGGUAGAAGCCAUUAUUAUGGGUAGAUGAGGGGGGUGCAUAAAUAACAACUUGCAAUUUAUGCAUCUUGCUGUUAGCUUCCAUAUAAGAAAGACUUUGUGCCAAGACAUGACCUGACAACUGGUUCUUGCACCAUAGAUUUUGAGUGUUAUGUAUUGCUAUUGGCACAAAGGCUCAGGUAUGGAGAACACUUGAUUUCACUACCAAAAUGUUUACUUCAUUUUGAUGGGAAGCUGGUGCUUAAAUGGAAGUUUACAAACAUGUAAUAUAUGUUUAUGUGUGAGUGUGUAUGUUAAAUACAAAAAACAUCCUAAGACAAUUCUAAAGCUAGACUUUACCACUGUGGAUGCUGUGUUGGUAAAGCAUAAAUAACUGUGAGGAUUACUAGGUUACAGCAGAGUAACACAGACUACAGCAGUUUCGAAAUGUACUGACAGGAUGGCUUUUCACAGGGAAAUAAUUUUUGCUAUAACCAAACGCAUGUAAAUAUUGUUACCAUGUUGUUGACUUUAGGUGACUGACAGAGCACAGUUUUAACACAAUGCCUUCUCUGUGUUGUAUUUCAUUGUUUAUGUGACCUUAUUCAAGAUCACAUAUAGUUUAGCCAGUAUUAGUUUAUACCAAGUAUUCAAAACAGAUAAAGGGUUUCAGCCACGUGGAUACUUUGGAGAGUAAGUGUAAAAUGUCUUUCUCUCAAUGGUGGUCGCACUUACUAUAUUGAACAGCCUUCCUUCAGAAUUUAGAUAUUUGCCACCUACAUUUUUUGUUUGCCGUAUGUUAAAAACAUGUUGCCUGACCGUUAGUGCAUUUCAGUUUUAAUGCAAAUAAAGCAAACUCCUUUUGAGAAAGGUUUUUUUAAAAAAAGAAAAAGUCUUACCUACAAUUUAGUUGUAAUAAAAAGUACAAAAAAUCUUAGAAACUAAGUCUUGGAGAUUCAAAAAAGUCAAAUGGUAAUUAGGGGGUCACCAAUAAAUACUUGAUUUGGGGCAAGGAAAUCACUAGCCAACUCUCAAAAAGUUAAGACUUUUUUAUAGGAUGAGCAGAGACAUCCUUAGUUAAAUUACUUUCUGGGAACUAGUGUAGUUUUUACUGUGAUUUCUUCAUUUAGUCCUUGCCAACCAGGGAAACAAACUGCAACUACUGACCAGGCCUUCAGUAUUUCUCAGAAUAUAUUUACUUUCUAACGUGUUUCCUUUUUAUAGGAUGAUGAAAAUUAAUAUAUACUUGGGGGGAAAUGGGAACACAACGUUUGUGAACAAGAUGGAUUUGUUCUGAUAACUACUCUCACUAGCAUCCUCCAAUAGCAAUGUGAGAAAUGAAAGCAUUUUCACUCGCAUUAAGAGUGUGCCCAAAUUUAGUUGGUCUGUAUAGGUGUCUAGCAAGCUAAUGCUUAUGAGAAUGUGUGACUGCAAUUAUUGCAAUCCAUUGCUACUGUUAUUUCAGUUAGUUUGUGCAGUUCAGUUUCACAAUUCACUAUCCUGUUUAGAAGUAUCCAAAUGGCAGCAUAGCGUUGUUUAUUCAGUGUUAACACACCAGUGUACUUAGCCCCAUCAGUGAAUACCUGUUUUUGCUGAAAUGUGAGUUCCUAAGGCACAGUUAUACUGGUGUCAUCUGGCUGUUCUUCUGAGUAGAUGGCUAGCUGAUGUGGGAAGCAGAGAAAAUGUUUACAGAGCACAAUCUCCAUUUACCAGUAGAGCCAGGACAAAAGGGGGGUCCGCACAAUGCUUAGGUGCAGGCCCUCAUUUAGCUUUAUGUUUGAUUUGGGGGGAUGUGUGUACAAGCAGCAUUGCAACAGGUCACCUACCCAGCAUAUUAUCACCCAACUGCCUUGGUAAAAAAGAAAACAAAAAUGCCUUUGUGUAAAUAGUUGUUUUUUUAAAGUGAAGUGUGUACGAUGAUUGUAUUGCAGUAUUAACUGUUGCUGAUAGUUAAUGGAAACUAAAUUAGGAAGGUCAGAAUGCAAGUGUGUUUGUGGGUGGGUGGGUGGGAGAGAGAGAGAAUUUGGCAUGCCUGCACCAUCUGUUUUCAGGUAGACGCCUCCUUUCCACAUAUAAUGUGGAGACAGGGGCUUGAUAUGUUUUCUAUAACUAUGAAGGGCUGGGGAAGCAAGUAUAUGCUUACAUAUGUUUAUAUGUGAAAUAACUCCGUGUUCUCACUAUGGAUGUCAGGUAAUUCCAACAGAAGCGGGAGUGGAAAUUGCCAGUUUGCUUUUUUGUCCCCUGUCCAGAACAGAAAUCAAUCCAGCAAUCAAUGUUCGCUUUUGUUGCUGUUUCAGUCCACAAAUGAUAUAUACUUGAUCACUGUUUUUCCCAUUUGCAUAGCAUUUCUUUUACAUUGAACUGAAUAGUGUGGAAUAACAUAAUAAGAUCAGAAUUAAUUAUGUAAAAUUGCACCAGAGCAGACAGCAAAACAAGUAACAGUGGAAUGAAUCUUUAUUUGCAUCAGCUACCAGCCGUAGCAAUAAAAACAAAUAAAAUGCAGUAUACAGAGGAUAAAGGUAAAAAAAAAUCAGUUAUAUAAACAUUUGGGGAGAUUUGGAUAAAUAGUCAAAUAGUGGAUCUUAUUUUAAUUGCCCUGGCUAAGAACCUUGCAACCUUUGCUGUCACUUGCUCCUCUUGGUCUGCUAAGAGAAAGGAGACUGUGGCGGUGGUUGGGAGCACUGCAUGUGAUGAACAAGUUCUGAAGGGGACAUCCUGAAAUGUUCCUGUCAAAAGUAAGGAUGUAAGGAGUCAGCCAUUUCCAUCCUGUCUUCAGUUCAUUGAAAUCAAUGCUUUUCCCAUUCUGCUACAUUUCAGCUUUUGCUAAAACCUAUCUUCAUCUCGCUAACCACUAUGGCCAAAACUAAUGUAAUUAAUUAAGUAAUUGAUUAUGUAAUCAAUUUCAGUGGAAGGAAAAGGUCAAAAACAAUUCAGAAAAUAACAUAGUUAUUUACAUAAUGUUUGCCAAUUAAGAAAAGAACAAUAGCAAACAUAACUCAUAUUCACAUUUCUGUUACUGACCAACAAACAUGCAACUUGCAGCAAUUUCUGCUUCCACUUCUGUUUCUGGUGGAAUUCUCAGACAACCCUAGUGUAAAGGGCUCACUUGUGUUCUGGCAUGUAUGUCAACAGGAUCUUAUUUCUGUUGUGUUACUAGGGUUGCACUAUUGACCAAGAAACUAUAAUGCCUAAACAAAGUUUCCCAUGCUUAAUUUAAUCCUAAAGAUGCUGAUAUGUAGUGCCUUUUAAAGUUAAAAAGUGUGAAGUCCUUCAAUCCUGAUUUGUAUGGUACUCUAGUCUUUAUUUAAUCUACUCCAUCAUAGCAAAAAAUAUUUAUUCAUACUUCCUCAUAUUGAACUCAAUGGGACUUGAGUCUGAGAAGGCAUUUGUAACACUGUGCUGUAUCCCCACUCCCACUCCGUGUCUUUCUUACUUGUUGGGUUUAUAGUUAUCUCAGGACUUAAAACAGGAAAUACAUCAGAUUUGAAACCAACUUGCUGUAAUAACUAAACCCACAUGAUGCAUGACUCAUACUCUCACCUAUCCAUAGAUGCUGUUAUGACAAGCAACAAUCAAUGCUAUUCCUCUGCACACAUAACUGAUUAUUUUUUAUGUUUCCAUGUAUUGGUACUUUGUGGACAUUGUAUUGCAUUUACAUGUGGAGUGGGACUCCUCUGCAGUGUCCUUAAGUUCAGUGAGCAAUUGUAUCCGAUUGUGAGGAUAAAGAGAUCUAAAGAUGUACUGUUAAAAUGUAUAAAUAUAACAUAUUAAGACUCUGUGUUUUGUUUUUUUACCCUAGUGGAAUUUUUAUCCUGUUACAAUGUACUCCACUUUUCUAUUAUGGCACUUAAGAGGCCAACUUUGUAGGAGUUUUAUUUAUAAGGAAAUUUGUGUUGAUAAAUAAAGAAAUAAUGCCAGAUA